UGCUGUAGCUGAGGCAGGAGCUUUGUAAGCAGUGUGUGCCUCUUGGCUAACGCUCUCACACUUCUGGCCAACGCUCAUUGCCUUUCAGCUUGCUCAGAUUUGCUUGUGGCACACUAAUUCAUUUAAUAAAGACGGAGGAAAGAUGACCACUGGAGGUCAGGUCACCCUGCUUUUGUGGAAAAAUUGGACCCUUAGGAAGCGGCAAAAGCUUCGGUUCCUUAUUGAGCUCUGCUGGCCAAUCUCUCUCUUCCUCGUCUUGGUCUGGCUGAGGAAGGCUAAUCCACUUUAUCGCCAACAUGAAUGUCAUUUUCCCAACAAAGCCCUGCCUUCUGCUGGAGCCUUGCCCUGGUUACAGGGAAUGUUUUGCAAUUUUAAUAAUCCUUGUUUCAAAUAUGCGACCCGUGGUGAAUCUCCUGGUGUGGUUUCCAACUACAACAAUUCCAUACUGGCCAGAGUCUAUGCGGAUUCCCAAGAACUUCUUUUUGGAAACCCAGAACUUCAACAGCUUGGAAGGGUGUGGCAGGAACUGCGCAUCAUGACAGAUUUUAUGGAAACAAUCAGAACCAAUCCAUCACGGAUCUCAGGGCGAGGAGUGAGAAUACGAGAUAUUCUGAAGGAUGAUGAAACUCUGACUGGAUUCUUGCUGAAGGACGCAGGCCUCUCUGACUCUGUGGUCAAUCAGCUCAUCAACGCUCAAGUGCGCACUGAACAGUUCGCAUAUGGAGUCCCAGACUUGACCCUGAAGGAUAUCGCCUGCAGCCAGAAUCUUCUUGAACGCUUCAUCAUUUUCCCAAGUCGCCGUGGGCUCUAUACAGUGCGAAACGCCAUGUGUGCCAUGAGCCAGGCACAGCUCCAGAAGAUUGAGGAUGUGCUCUAUGCAAACUUUGACUUUUUCAAGCUCUUUCGUGUCCUGCCAACUGUGUUAGAUCACCGCUCACCUGGAGUAGAUUUAUACUUCUGGGGCAGGGUCCUGUCUAACAUGUCUGACGUACUCCGAGAGCUGGCUAAGAGGAAGAGUGUCCAAGACCUGUUCCAGGUGCUACAGCCUCUUAUUCAGGAUGGUGGUCCUUCGUCUUUUACACAAAUCAUGAACUCUUUGUCCAGCCUUUUCUGUGGCUACCCUGAAGGUGGAGGAUCGAGAGUGUUCUCCUUCAAUUGGUAUGAAGACAACAACUACAAGACCUUCUUGGGAAUCAACACUACGAAUAAACGUUCUGAUUAUAUCUACGAUGAUACUGCAUCCCCAUUCUGCAAUGCACUCAUGCAGAACCUGGAGUCUAACCCUAUCACAAAAAUAGCCUGGAAUACCAUGAAGCCCCUACUAAUGGGGAAGGUCUUAUAUGCCCCCGAAUCUCCAGCUGUGCGCACGAUUUUAAAAAAAGCAAACACCACAUUUGAAGAGCUGGAAAGGCUGAGGAACAUGGGGAGAGCCUGGGAAGAAGUAGGACCUCAACUGUGGGCCUUCUUUCAAAGUAGCGUGCAAAUGAACAUGAUCCGAGACACUAUUAGAAACCCAACCGUGGCAGACUUCAUUGACAGACAUCUUAAGGAUACAAACUUUUCAUCCAAAGAUGUUAUUAAUUUUCUCCACAAUGGACCAUCAAGCAGCCGACCUGCCAACAUGCCAAAUUUUGACUGGAGGAACAUAUUUAAUUUGACUGACCGGGCUAUCCGUUGGUUCAAUCAGUAUGGUGAGUGUCUUAACCUCAAUAAGUUUGAAGGCCUUCCUGAUGAGGGACAGUUAAUUCACCAAGCUCUCUAUUUACUGGAGGAAAAUAAAUUUUGGGCAGGAAUUGUGUUUCUUGACAUGUAUCCUUGGACGAACAAACUGCCACCGCAUGUGAAAUUUAAAAUCCGCAUGGACAUUGAUGCCGUGGAGAGAACAAAUAAAAUCAAAGACAGAUAUUGGGACCCUGGGCCACGAGCUGAUCCCAUGGAUGACCUGCGCUACAUUUGGGGAGGGUUUGCGUACCUGCAGGACAUGAUUGAGCAUGGCAUUAUCAGGAGCCAGACUGAUAAAGAUGUGACCUUGGGAGUGUAUGUGCAGCAAAUGCCCUACCCUUGCUAUGUGGAUGACCUCUUCAUGCUGACUUUGAACCGCUGCUUCCCAAUUUUCAUGGUUUUAGCCUGGAUAUACUCUGUGUCUAUGACAGUGAAGAGCAUUGUUCUGGAGAAAGAACUGCGUCUGAAGGAAACACUAAAGGCCAUGGGAGUCACCAAUGGGGUCAUCUGGUAUACUUGGUUCCUUGACAGUUUCCUUGUGAUGGCUACUAGCACCGCUCUGCUCACCUUGGUCAUUAUGGGUGGAAGAGUUCUGAACUACAGUAAUCCUGCCCUUCUGUUCCUUUUCUUGUUAACAUUCACAGUAGCAACCAUCAUGCAAUGCUUUCUAAUGAGUAUAUUUUUCAAUAAAGCCAACCUGGCAGCUGCUUGCAGUGGAAUCAUCUACUUCACGCUUUACCUGCCGCACAUCCUGUGCUUUGCCUGGCAGGACCGCCUUACAAAGAACAUCAAGAUACUGGCUAGUCUACUAUCUCCUGUUGCCUUUGGCUUCGGAACAGAGUAUUUAUCCCGCUAUGAAGAACAGGGACUUGGAUUACAGUGGGAUAAUAUCCGUUCUAGUCCACUGGAAGGGGAUAACUACAGUUUCUUCCUCUCCAUCAGAAUGAUGAUAUUUGAUGCCAUUUUAUAUGGGGCUCUAGCAUGGUAUCUUGAUAAUGUUUUUCCAGGACAAUAUGGAAUAGGAAAGCCUUGGUACUUUCCUGUUCAGCGUUCAUACUGGAGAACAGUUGGAAAUCCUGCACAUGAAAAGCCAGCAAAGGAAGAAAAAAUGGAAGAGAAAAAUGAAAAUGAAGAGAAAAAUGGAAGAAUCUCUGGAGCAGAUGACAAAAAGGAACUAGAGAAAAAGAUCUGCAAACACAAAGAAAGGCAAGAAAAAUUGGAAAGAGAGAAUGAAGAAAAGCAGCUGAAAAACCAGACUGAAGAAAAUGGAGAAAGUCAAGAUGCUAACCCUUUUUUUGAAACUGACCCCUUGGGCCUAGUAGUAGGUGUGUCAGUUCAGAAUUUAGUGAAGAGCUUCCGCGGUGCCAGCCGGCCAGCAGUGGACGGCCUGAACAUCACCUUCUAUGAAGGGCAGAUCACAUCUUUCUUAGGACACAAUGGAGCUGGAAAAACAACAACUAUGUCAGUGCUCACAGGUUUGUACCCCCCAACAUCAGGCACUGCCUACAUCAACGGGAAAGACAUUUGCACUGAAAUAGACACCAUCCGGCAGUCAAUGGGCAUGUGUCCACAAUACAACAUUCUUUUCCACCACUUGACUGUCACUGAACAUAUUUACUUUUACUCCCGGCUGAAAGGAAAAAACAAGGAAGAAGCUGAGAAGGAGGUGGAAGAUAUGAUAAGAGACAUUGGGCUUCCACACAAACGGAAUGAAGAAGCUCAGAAUUUGUCAGGUGGUAUGCAAAGGAAGUUAUCUGUUGCUAUGGCCUUUGUUGGAGGCUCAAAGGUGGUCAUUUUGGAUGAACCCACUUCUGGUGUUGAUCCCUAUUCAAGGCGAUCCAUCUGGGACCUGCUACUUAAAUACCGAUCAGGGAGAACGAUCAUUCUGUCAACGCACCACAUGGAUGAAGCAGAUCUCCUUGGGGAUCGAGUGGCCAUUAUCUCCAAAGGGAAAUUACUUUGUUGUGGGUCUCCAUUGUUCCUGAAAAACUGCUUCGGUAUUGGAUUCUAUCUCACUCUUGUUCGCAAAAUGAAGACUGUCAAAAAGAAGACUGCAUAUGAGAAUGACUGUGGUUGUGACUCCGAAUGUUCCUGCACUUGUUCUACUUGCACUAAGUUCAAAGAGGUCCAGCAGGCAAAUGGUCAAGAUCCAAGUUUUGAACAGGAGCUAGAUGGUGACAUUGACAGCAUAACCAGCUUGAUUCAUCACCAUGUUCCAGAGGCAAAACUCAUUGAGAUGAUUGGUCAAGAAAUUACAUUUUUGCUACCAAAUAAGGACUUUAAACAUCGGGCGUAUGCAAGCUUGUUUCGGGAGCUAGAGGAAACUCUCAGUGAUCUGGGAUUGAGCAGCUUUGGAAUAUCUGACACUUCCCUUGAGGAGAUUUUUAUUAAAGUUACUACAGAUGCAGAAACAUCCACUGCUUCGAACAGUGCAGAAGAGUGGAUGUUACAGCAGAGGAGAGCUCGAACAAGUAUUUCCAGAGACAGCAACGCUGCAGUUGUUAGUUCUCAAGUUGCUGAAGAUGCCAAAAAUGAAGACGUAAACCAAAGAGCUCCUGACUCAUCAGCUGUCGACAACGGUGGUGGAAAAGGCUCAAAGCAGAUCAAAGGGACAACACUGGUCAUCCAGCAGUUUGGUGCUCUUCUGAUUAAGCGGUUCCAUCAUGCCACCCGCAGCCAGAAGGACUUUCUAGCACAGAUUGUUUUGCCUGCAACUUUUGUGCUCCUGGCAUUGGUCUUUACUGUUAUCAUUCCGCCUUUUGGAGAAUAUCCCAGUCUAAUUCUUCAUCCCUGGAUAUAUGGCCAGCAGUUUACAUUCUUCAGCAAUGAGCAGCCGGGAAGUGAAGCAAUGGAGCAAUUUUCUGAUAUGCUGUUAAACAGGCCAGGAUUUGGAACUCGCUGUAUGAGUGAUGAGCCAAUAGAAAACUAUACCUGCAACAGCAUUGCGAGUAACUGGGAAAGUCCAAAUCUUCCUCCAUCUGUUAUCAGCAUCCUUCAGAGUCAAAACUGGACUUCAGCUAAUCCCUCACCUUCUUGCCAAUGCAGCACAAUGAAGAAAUUAAAAAUGCUCCCAGAAUGCACUCCAGGAGCUGGGGGAGUGCCACCACCCCAGAGAAUGCAGCCUACCACUGAUGUUGUACUUAAUCUGACAGACAGAAAUAUUUCUGACUACCUUGUGAAAACAUAUCCAACAUUGAUCAAGACCAGAUUAAAGAGCAAAUAUUGGGUCAAUGAACAAAGGUAUGGAGGAAUUUCAUUUGGGGGACAGCUGCCAGUACUCGAUGUCAACACUCAAACUGCAGCUGAAACUUUUAGCCAAAUUGGAUGGAUGCUUAAUGUGACAGGGGGAAGAAUUAGCAAAAAAGUUCUAAUGGAGCUGCAAGAUUUCCUUAAGGAUAUGGAAACUGAAUACAAUGUUAAGGUUUGGUUCAACAACAAAGGAUGGCACUCCAUGGUGUCUUUUGUAAAUGUAGCAAACAACGCAAUUCUCAGAGCAAACUUACCUUUUGGUAAAAAUCCAGAGGAUUAUGGAAUCACCGUCAUCAACCACCCAUUGAACCUGACAAAGGAGCAGCUCUCUGAAGUCACAGUGCUUACUACCUCUGUUGAUACCGUGGUGGCGAUCUGUGUAAUCUUUGCCAUGUCCUUCAUCCCUGCAAGUUUUGUCCUCUACCUUAUUCAAGAACGGGUCACCAAAGCCAAACAUCUGCAGUUUGUCAGUGGUGUGAGUCCAUCUGUUUACUGGAUAGCAAACUUCUUCUGGGACAUGCUAAACUAUUCAGUAAGCACUGCUCUGGUGGUUGGGAUCUUCAUUGCUUUUAACAAGAAGGCCUACACUUCUCCUGCCAAUCUUCCAGCACUUAUCGCUUUACUUUUGCUCUAUGGAUGGUCUGUCACACCUUUGAUGUAUCCUGCUUCCUACCUGUUCAGUGUACCCAGCACUGCAUAUGUGGCUCUUUCUUGCAUAAACCUUUUCAUUGGCAUUAACAGCAGUGCUGCUACUUUUAUCCUGGAACUCUUCGAACAUAAUAGGUUUCUGCAGAAAUUGAACACCAUUUUGAAGAAGGUGCUGAUAAUAUUCCCACAUUUUUGCUUGGGCAGAGGUUUGAUGGACUUGGCCAUUAACCAGGCAGUGACCGAUGUUUACUCCAGGUUUGGAGAGGAUCAUCAGCUAAACCCUUUUAACUGGGAUUUUGUUGGAAGGAAUCUUGUUGCCAUGGCAACUGAAGGUCUGGUAUAUUUUGGUCUGAACAUCCUCAUCCAGCGUCGCUUUUUCCUCAAGCCAUGGGUGUCAGAGAGCAAGAAAUGCUCAUUCACUGAUGAAGAUGAAGAUGUAGCAAAAGAGAGAGAAAGGAUUGUCAAAGGUGGCAGUAAAACUGAUAUUCUGUAUAUUAAGGACCUUUCAAAGACUUACAUGGGUAGAUGCAGACCAGCUGUGGACAGAAUUUGCAUUGGAGUCCCUCCAGGAGAGUGCUUUGGCCUUCUGGGUGUGAAUGGUGCUGGAAAGACAACUACUUUUAAAAUGUUAACUGGAGACACGGAUGUUACCUCUGGGGAGGCCACAGUGGCCGGUUAUAGCAUCCUCAGCAGUAUUCUAGAUGUCCAUCAGAACAUGGGAUAUUGUCCUCAGUUUGACGCCAUUGACGAGCUCCUGACGGGCCGAGAGCACCUUGAACUCUAUGCACGGCUCCGCGGUGUCCCCCGCAAAGAAGUGAGCAGAGUGGCAGAGUGGGGAAUCCAAAAGCUGGGCCUCCACAACUAUGCCGAUUACAGCGCUGGAACAUACAGCGGAGGAAACAAACGCAAACUCUCCACUGCAAUCGCGCUAAUUGGCUGCCCUCCUCUUGUUCUGCUAGAUGAGCCCACUACUGGCAUGGACCCACACUCACGACGCUUCCUGUGGAACUCCAUUAUGAGUGUCAUUCGAGACGGCAGAGCUGUAGUUCUUACCUCUCACAGUAUGGAAGAGUGUGAAGCGCUGUGCACACGUCUUGCUAUAAUGGUGAAUGGAACCUUUAAAUGCCUUGGGACCAUCCAGCAUCUCAAGUACAAAUUUGGUGACGGUUAUGUUGUCACCAUGAAGAUCAAGUCAGCAAAGCCUGGAGCACCUCCAGAUCUCAACCCAGCUGAAUCUUUUUUGGAGGCUAACUUUCCUGGCUGUCUACAGAGAGAGAAACAUUACAACACGCUACAGUACCAAAUUCCAUCACCAUCACUGGCUCGCAUAUUCCAUCUUGUUGCAUCCAACAAAGAGAAGCUUAAUAUUGAAGAUUAUUCCAUCUCACAGACUACUCUUGAUCAGGUAUUUGUGAAUUUUGCCAAGCAGCAAACCGGUGAAGACGAAGAUAUUGUAUUGCAUCCUCGAGCUGCUGGUGCACGAUGGGAGAUGAAGGUAUCCCCAGUCGAAACUUCUACAAAUAAAAAAAGAGGAGGUGCCAACAGCAAUUGCGCAAAAAAAUAAUAAAACACCGUUAGAUACAAAUUUAGUUUUUUUUGUUUUUUUUUUUUUUUUACUGUAAAUGUUUUUGAAAUCUGGACUGAAAAAUAAAAAUGUUUGGGAGAGUGUUAGAAAACAUGUGUUUUCAAUAGAUGGAUCUUGAUGUAGAAACUUGUACAAUAAAUGAUGCAAUGUAUUUCUCAA